CGAACGACACUCACUUCCUAUUCAGCAUUCAGCCGGGAGGGAGCCUCUGAACGGCCACGUAGGCAUUCUCUUCUCUCUGGAGGAAAAGGCCCAGCAGCUGUCCGAGGAAAAGACCCACCAGCUGUCAGCAAAGGGACAUGUCGCAGCUAAGUAAGAAUCUGGGUGACUCGAGUCCUCCGGCGGAGGCCCCGAAGCCGCCUGUCUAUAGCCGCCCUACGGUUCUGAUGCGGGCCCCGCCCGCUUCCUCCCGGGCUCCGCCGGUCCCCUGGGAUCCACCUCCAAUUGACUUGCAGGCUUCACUGGCCGCUUGGCAGGCACCUCAGCCUGCCUGGGAGGCCCCACCGGGCCAGCUGCCUGCCCCAGUGGCUCCGAUGGUCCAGCCUCCUGCCCUAGGGGGCCCGAUAGUCCCGGCUCCCCCGCUGGGGGGCCCGAUGGGGAAGCCUCCAACUCCCGGGGUCCUGAUGGUGCAUCCUCCGCCUCCGGGAGCCCCGAUGGCCCAGCCUCCGACCCCGGGAGUCCUGAUGGUGCAUCCUUCAGCUCCUGGAGCCCCCAUUGCCCACCCUCCUCCUCCGGGGACCCCAAUGUCCCAUCCUCCUCCUCCGGGGACCCCGAUGCCCCAUCCUCCUCCUCCGGGGACCCCGAUGGUGCAUCCUCCCCCUCCGGGGACACCAAUGGCUCAUCCUCCCCCUCCGGGGACACCAAUGGCUCAUCCUCCCCCUCCGGGGACACCGAUGGCUCAUCCUCCCCCUCCGGGGACACCGAUGGCUCAUCCUCCCCCUCCGGGGACACCGAUGGCCCAGCCACCAGCUCCGGGAGUCCUGAUGGCCCAGCCUCUGACUCCGGGAGUCCUGAUGGUCCAGCCUGCUCCUCCGGGAGCCCCGAUGGCUCAGCCGCCUCCAGCAGCCGUGAUGACCCAGCCUCCGCCUUCAGGAGCACCGAUGCCCAAGCCUCCAGGUCCAGGAGUCCUGAUGAUUCAUCCUCCAGGUGUGAGAGCUCCGAUGACCCAGCCUCCAGCUUCAGGAGCACCGAUGGUGCAGCCAGCAGCCCCACCUGCACAGCCGAUGGCUUCUUGGGCCCCGCAGGGUCAGCCUCUGAUCCUGCAAAUCCAGUCUCAAGUCAUAAGGGCUCCUCCGCAGGUUCCCCAGGUUCCCCAGGUCCCACAGGCACCCCCGGCGCAGCUGGCCACACCCCCGGGCUGGCAGGCCACUUCGCCAGGAUGGCAGGCCACGCCGCAAGGCUGGCAGGCCACCCCCCUGACCUGGCAGACCACGCAGGUCACCUGGCAGGCACCAGCGAUUGCCUGGCAGGCGCCGCCUCCCAUGCGCCAGGGGCCCCCGCCCAUCCGCCCCAGCCCACCACCCAUCCGCCCUGGCCCACUACCGGUGCGCCAGGCCCCACCGGUGAUCCGUCAGGCCCCACCGGUGAUCCGCCAGGCCCCACCGGUGAUCCGCCAGGCCCCACCGGUGAUACGCCAGGCCCCACCGGUGAUCCGCCAGGCCCCACCUGUGAUCCGCCAGGCCCCACCUGUGAUCCGCCAGGCCCCACCGCUGAUUCGCCAGGCGCCACCGCCCAUCCGACCCGCCCCACAGGUCAUGGCCACCCAACCACCUCUCUGGCAGCCUUUGCCACCCCCACCUCCACUGCGGCAGGCCCCGCAGGCUAGGCUGCCGGCCCCGCAGGUGCAGGCGGCGCCGCAGGUGCCUACGGCCCCACCUGCUACGCAGGUACCCGCGGCGCCGCCCGCUGGCCCGCAGGUGCCCCAGCCUGUGCUGCCGGCCCCGCUGUCUGCCCCGCUGUCUGCCCCGCUGCCUGCCCCCCUGUCUGCCCCGCUGUCUGCUCCGCAGGCUGUGCCCUGCCCAUCCAUUAUCUGGCAGGCCCCCAAGGGUCAGCCCCCGGUGCCGCACGAGAUGCCGACGUCGAUGGAGUACCAGGAGGUGCAGCAGACCCAGGCACUGGCCUGGCAGGCCCCGAAGGCUCCCACUCACUUUUGGCAGCCCCUGCCUGCCCAGGAGGCCCAGAGGCAGCCCCCCCCCAUGGUCCAGCUGGAGCAGCCCUUUCAGGGAGGCCCCCCCUCCCAAAAGGCUGUGCAAAUCCAGCUACCCCCGCAGCAGGCGCAGGCCUCGGGUCCGCAAGCCGAGCUGCCCACACUGCCCAUCCAGCCCCCCUGGCAGGCCCCGCCUGCGGUCUUGCAGGCCCAGCCAGGAGCCCCAGUAGCGGCGUCAAAUUUUCCCCCGGGCUGCGCUAAAUCAUUGAUGACUCCAUCAGGAGAAUGCAGGGCCUCUUCUAUAGACCGAAGGGGCUCCUCUAAAGAGCGCAGGACCUCCUCGAAGGAGCGCAGGGCCCCUUCAAAGGAUCGCAUGAUCUUUGCUGCCACCUUCUGUGCUCCCAAGGCAGUGUCAGCUGCCCGAGCACACCCGCCAGGCUCCUGGAAAAGCCUUCCUGCCGCCCCGGAGACCUUUGCUGCCUCUUCAAGGGUCUUCCCAGCUACCUCCCAGUUUCAGCCUGCUUCUCUGAAUUCCUUUAAAGGCCCCUCUGCUGCCUCCGAGACCCCAAAGUCACUGCCAUAUGCGCUGCAGGAUCCCUUUGCCUGUGUAGAGGCCCUGCCUGCAGUUCCAUGGGUCCCACAGCCCAACAUGAAUGCCUCAAAGGCAUCCCAGGCAGUGCCCACUCUCCUGAUGGCGACAGCAGCUGCCCCCCAGGCAGCUGCCACCACUCAAGAGGCCUCCAAGACCUCCAUUGAGCCGCCACGCCGCUCCGGCAAGGCCACCCGAAAGAAGAAGCAUCUGGAAGCCGAAGAGAACAGCCGUGGACACACGCUGCCCUUUCAUGACUGGCAGGGCCCAAGGCCCUGGGAGAAUCUGAGUGACUGGGAGGUCCAAAGUCCUGUCCAGGUCUUGGGUGACUGGGAGCGCCCAAACACCCCCCGUGGCCUGAGUGGCUGGGAGGGCUCUAGCACCUCCAGGAUGCUGAGUGGCUGGGAAGGGCCCAGCACAUCCUGGGCCCUGAGUGCCUGGGAGGGCCCAAGCACCUCCAGGGCCCUGGGUUUCUCUGAAGGCUCAGGGAGCCCUCUGCCCUUGAUUGUGUCUGAGGUCCCAAGUGUCUCUCCGGGAUCCAGUGCCACCCAGCAUGAUUCCAAGGUGGAGGCACGGCCCUUGUCUCCCUUGGAUGAGAGGGCAAAUGCACUGGUGCAGUUCCUCUUAGUCAAGGACCAAGCCAAGGUGCCUGUCCAGCGCUCAGAGAUGGUGAAAGUCAUCAUCCGAGAGUAUAAAGAUGAGUGCUUGGAUAUCAUCAACCGUGCCAACAGUAAGCUGGAGCGUGCCUUUGGUUAUCGGUUGAAAGAAAUUGAUACCAAAAGCCACGCUUACAUUGUCAUCAACAAGCUGAGCUACCCUAUAGGGGAUUUGGUGGCAUCCUAUUUAGACAGGCCCAAAUUCGGCCUCCUGAUGGUGGUCUUGAGCCUCAUCUUUAUGAAAGGCAAUUGUGUCAGGGAGGAUCUGAUCUUUCAUUUUCUGUUUAAGUUAGGGUUUGAUGUCCGGGAGACAAAUGGUCUCUUUGGAAAUAUGAAGAAGCUCAUCACUGAAGUGUUUGUCAGGGAGAAGUACCUAGAGUACAGGCGAAUCCCCUACACUGAGCCUGCAGAGUAUGAAUUCCUCUGGGGCCCUCGAGCAUUCCUGGAAACCAGCAAGAUGCUUGUCCUGAGGUUUUUGGCCAAGCUCCAUAAGAAAGAUCCACAGUCCUGGCCAUUCCAUUACCUUGAAGCGCUAGCAGAGUGUGAGUGGGAAGACACAGAUGAGGAUGAACCUGACACUGGUGACAGUGACCAUGACCCUGCCAGCAGACCCCCUCCCCGCUAAUAAGUGUAGCAGAGAUCUCGUUCCUGUGUUUUCCUGGCCAGAGGCCCCUGAGAGGGUGGGGGGACAUUUGUGUUUCUGGUGUUUAUGUUCCAGUUCCAUGUGUGUAAGUUUGGACUUUCAACCUGGUUUCAUAUCUGCCAAAGCUUUGUACAUUUUUCAUGUGGUGUUGAUUUCAGUCGGCUACUGUUCUACUCUGUAUUUUGGCAUCUGUAACUUUAAGUGAGAUCUGUGAAUCUUUGUUUUGUAUUUUGAUUGUUAUGUUUUGGUAUCAGUGUUGUGCUGGCUUUGUGAAAUGAAUUGAGAAGCUAUCCAUCUCAUUCUGGUAUAGUUCAUGUUGCAUUGUAAUCGGUUGUUACUUGAAUGUUCAAAUGACUCAUCAGUAAAAACUGUCUACAGAGAAGUAAAUAUCUAUAUCUAUAUAUAUAAAUAUACUUUCAGCAUAA